AUGUCUGUUACUCCAAGAGAAAAGUUUUUAGAGAUCUUCCCAUCUUUAGUCGAUGAACUGAAAUCUAUCCUAGUUAACUAUGGUAUGCCAGCUGAAGCUAUUCAAUGGUAUGAACGUUCUUUGCAACAUAAUACUCCAGGUGGUAAAUUGAAUAGAGGUCUUUCUGUUGUUGAUACAUAUACUAUCUUAAAGGGUCAUUCAUCAGUUGAUGAAUUGAGUACUGAGGAAUAUAAGAAAUUAGCUAUCCUUGGUUGGUGUAUUGAAUUAUUACAAGCUUAUUUCUUAGUUGCAGAUGAUAUCAUGGAUCAAAGUAUUACUAGAAGAGGUCAACCAUGUUGGUAUAAAGUUGCCGGUGUUGGUGAUAUUGCCAUUAAUGACGCAUUUAUGUUAGAAGCUGCAAUUUAUUCAUUAUUAAAGAGUCAUUUUAAACAAGAUAGUUAUUAUGUUGAUUUAAUUGAAUUAUUCCAUGAAGUUACUUUACAAACUGAAUUAGGUCAACUAUUAGAUUUAAUUACAGCACCAGAAGAUUCUGUUGAUCUAAAUAAAUUUUCCUUAGAUAAACAUUCAUUUAUUGUUAUCUUUAAGACAGCUUAUUAUUCAUUUUAUUUACCUGUUGCAUUAGCAAUGUAUGUUGCAGGUAUUCAUGAUGAAAAGGAUUUAAAACAAGCUCAAGAUGUUUUAAUUCCAUUAGGUGAAUAUUUUCAAAUUCAAGAUGAUUAUUUAGAUUGUUUUGGUACACCUGAACAAAUUGGUAAAAUUGGUACAGAUAUUCAAGAUAACAAAUGCUCAUGGUUAAUUAAUAAAGCUUUACAAUUAGUUACACCUGAACAAAGAAAAGUUUUGGAUGAGAAUUAUGGUAAGAAAGAUGACAAAUGUGAAGCUAUUGUUAAGAAGAUUUAUGACGAUAUUGAAUUAGAAGGUUACUAUAAAGAUUAUGAAGAAAAAGUUGCAAAAGAAAUUCAAGAAAAGAUUGAUCUAAUUGAUGAAAGCCGUGGUUUUAAGAAAGAUGUUCUAACUGCUUUUUUCAAGAAGGUCUACAAGAGAAGUAAAUAG